AUGGCUGCUGCUCACCAUGCUACAGCAACGGCCCCGACCACCCCAUCGCCGUCGACCAUCAUCAGGUUCAAACUGUCCGACAUCGACACCGUCAUGUCGUCCGACAAGACCAUCUACACCAAUGACCAGUCGGCCUUUGCCGUCGAUCCCAACCCCGGCGGUCCAGUUCCACCCAUGUCGACCGUGCCUGUGAUCCGCAUAUUCGGCGCCACCGAUCGAGGCAAGCGAGUCAUGGCCCACAUUCAUGGAGUGUUCCCUUAUGUCUACAUCAAGUAUCUUGGCGCUAGUCUCGAGCCCGACGCUGGUCAGUCUCGGGUUCACCGUCCUCGCUCCGGCCGCCGCUCCGGUUGCUGAUGGUCACCUUCCUUGCACAGUCAAGGCCUACAUCAAGAGGCUCGCAAGAGCUCUAAACCUCGCUAUGGACUACAUGGCCCGAGACCCGCAUAGGGCGAACCGGUCCAACCCCAACGGCAAAGCCGGUCGUCACCAGUCUGGACCAGGCCAACGUGGGGGUGCGCAGCCCGAGCCUACGACCCCAGCCGUCGCCUUCAUCGUCGCCUGCAAAGGCAUCCCCUUUUACGGCUACCACGUCGGUCACGAAGCGUUCCUCAAGAUCUACAUCACCAGACCCACGUUCAAGAUCCGCCUGUCCGAGACCUUGCGCAGCGGCGUCAUCAUGAAGACCAAGUUCGACGUCUUCGAGGACCACGCACCAUUCUUGCUGCAGUUCAUGCUCGAUUGCGACUUGUACGGCUGUGGAUGGGUCGAGGUGGACGAGUGCCGUUUUCGAAAACUGCCCCGUGAGCUGGUAAUUUCUUCCUCCGUGGUCUUCUUCGACGAAGCUGAUCUCAAAAGCAUACUUUACAGAACACGAAUGGUCCCCUUCGGACGAUCUCGACCCUCCUUCGAUCGACGGUCCCUACCAUACUCGCGUGUACAAUUCGACCUCCGUCCCACCCUCGCUCGUCUAUCCACGCUACGCCUAUGACUCACCGGCGCCGGUCUCGACCUGCCCGAUCGAGAUAGAUGUCCCCAUUUACGGCAUCCACAACCGCCACAAGAUCAAGCCUCGUGAGAUCCAACAAGACUUUGUCGAGUUCUUCCAGAAGGAGGAACUAAAUGGCUCCGAGGGAGGGGAGCAAGACAAAUUGGUCUUGUCUCUUCGAGAGCUUUGGACGGAUGAGAGGAGAAGGAGGGAAGCUGUGGGCGAAGUCGGCCCGGGAGAGGUCAAGGACUCAACGCCCCGUCAAUGGGACAAGAGGGGCCCGACGGAUCCAAUCUGGGCCGAUGAACCGAGGUUGCGAGCCAAGGUCGAUGCUUUACUGCAAGAGGACAUCAAGGCUUAUCGAGCUCAACCCGGAUUCGCGCAGCGGGAACCUGAAUGGGAGACGUUCGUGGACGAGCGGCAGGUCGCAGAGAAAGUCGGACGAGGGUUCAUGGAGAGGCUCAAGACCACCUUUGAGCAAGUCGAUGCCGUGUUUCUGACUCGACUGGAGCAAGAUCGACGAUCCAACUACGAAUAUGGUGCGCUCAUCGCGUCAAGGUACGAUUAUGCGAACAAGAACAAGUCAAGGACCAGAUCCCCGAGUCGUCCUCCCAGUGAAGACUUUGACGAGAAGGUCUUUCGAGCGGGAUCGACUCAGGCGCAGAUCGAACGCAUCGUUGAUGAAGAUGAAGCGGCCGAGAUGAUCUACGAUCAGGCUGUGGACGAGUACAGCGAGCGCGCGGAAGUGUUCAAUACGCAGUACUUUGGUGAUCUUAAGCGACGGGCGAGACAGAAGGAUGGGUCGGGUGUUGAUGCGAUUGAGGAGGAGCGGGAAAAAGAAGACGGCGAGGACAAUGAAAAUGGGGAAGCCGGAGUCGACGUCAACGAUCUGUUUGAUGGAGGGACUGAGAGCGAUCUGAUGGGACCUGAAUCGUCACCACAAGCUCCACCGCCUGCGCAAACGUCCCGAGCCGACGUCAACAACGGCGAUCUCGAAUCUGACGUCGGUUCCCCCGCCGAUUCGGUGACGUCAGACUUCCAUGACGAUGGCAAUCGUCCGCAAAGACAAACUUACAAAGUCUCUAUCGCUUUGGACUCGAUGACCCCGGAGAGCCUCGAUGAGACGAGCGCGUUCGAGCAGACUUUCAAGCCCAUGCCGACGCCCGCCCGAACUCAUCCAGUGCCGUUCUCGACGAGGUCUACUUCUCGAUCUCCGACGAAGCAGAACUUGUUUCGCUCGCCCACCAAGGCUGUCAAGGUCCGACGGGCGACGUCGCGCGGCUCAUCAGCUUCAAACUCGGCGCAGGGGUCCGAUGUGGACGACGAGGAAGAUGAGCAUGAGCCCGUUUUGACUUCUCGGGAACACGAUACACCCAUGAGCGAUGACGAUCUUUUAAUCCCGCCCGUUCAACGAGCCACCGGUUAUGAUCCCUCGGACAUGGACGGGGACCUGGAGGAUCACGCUUCCGACAUCCUUGAAGCAUACGUCCCGACGCCGACCCAGGUCGAAGCCGUGCAGCCCUCGAUGGUGCCUGUUGCGAUGCGGUCAUUUAUCGAGGUGGACGAGGAGGUCCCGAUUUCUUCACACGACAGCAGGGGGACGGUACGGUCGAGGGGGUCGAGUUGUCGCAGCGCUUCCGUCUCUUCGCUCGAUGCGCCACCAACUCCGAAACGGAUGACGCUGCGAUUCGAUGUCCCCGAGUCGGAAUCGCAGUCAUCGUUCUUGGCUUCCGCUUCUAAUCAGCCUUACACUCCCGAGCUAUCUAUCGAGCUUGAACCGAUCUCUUAUGCAACGCACAGCUCGGGCUCAAGGUCUGCCAUACAUAUCCCAUCUCUUCUCCUUCCGCUGCAGAACUCGAACACAUCUUCGUCUUCAGGACCCGUAAUUCACACCGACCACCCUGUUUCGGCCUGCUCGUGGAUCUAUCAUGAACCGGCUCCGUCGGCCCAGCAGGUGCUCGAGACGUUAGAAAUGUACAACCAGCCUCGAGUGGACUAUACGAACCCCUACUACUCGAAUCCUGCCGACGUUUCCCGCGUCGCGAACGAGUAUGGAGGUCGCAGGUUUGUGCUUCGUGAUCAUUCGAUGCGUAACACCCCGGCGCUCAAUCAUCUGGAUCGAAGAGUGAGAGACGCCGAGACUACAACCCGAGGCACGGAAGAUUAUCCGAGAAUGUCGAAACGAAGUGGUGAUAGGGGAAGAGAGCAGCAUGGUCUUUGGGUAUAUGUCAAGCGACCACCGACCCGAGCAGAGGUAAACGCCUGGGCAAAGAAGGAGGACCUGAUUCAAGAGGCCAAAAGCAAUGUCAAGCCGCGCACGAGGGGUAUAGAGGGCCCUACUCAGCAUCAGGGUGGCUUCAAGUUCACCCCCGUCAAUGGGGCACCUGCGCAACGCGAGAAGCAGCAUAUGGCGGUUCUGGCAAUGGAGUUGCAUGGUGAGCUUGAACCAGCUAGCACAAGAUCCCGAGCAAGGGUGCUCAUCAACUCUCUCUUCUUGCUCUCAAAAGUCAAUACUCGCGAAGGACUUCUGCCAAAUCCACUGCUCGACCCGAUCCAGGCCAUCUUCUACUGCCUGCAGUCCGAGAACGACGACGUCGAGAUGAACGGCCGUCUUCCCGAUACGCACGUCGGAUGUAUAGCCAUGUGGGAUGCGGCUGAUUCGGACCUACGAAAAACUGUCGGUCCUACGGACUACGGCCUGGAAGUGGUCGAUAACGAGCUGUCGAUGAUCGCAACGUUUUUGGACUUGAUUGUGAACGACUGGGAUCCGGAGGCUUUGGCUGGGUACGAAGUACACCAUUCGAGUUGGGGUUAUUUGCUGGAGCGAGCGAAGGAGGUCCAUGGUAAGCGUCGAAGCUCUUUGUCUGAUGAUUCUAGCUGACGGAUUUGUAUUGAGCUGUAGAUUGGAACCUGGUUCCCGAGCUCGGUCGAAUGGAGAAACAAAGCACCGGUCGACAUGGAAAUGCGCAAUCCGAUCGAUGGGGCUUCACUCAAAGUUCGGCGCUCAAGUUCACUGGGCGGCAUGUGCUUCCCAUCUGGCGCAUCUUGUCCUCGGAUAAUCGGAUGCAGCAUGCCGCGUUUGAACAUGUCGUUUUCCAGAUUUUGAAACAAAGGUGCGUGUCCGAUCGAUCAGCCGGCUUGACACCGCCUGCGCAUACACUGAGCAUCUCUACAUGCACCACCAGAACUCCACACUUCUCUCACGAGACUUUAACCAAGUGGUACACGAGCGGAAACCCCCGAUACAUUACCAAAGUGCUCGAGUAUUGGCGCAACCGAGUCGAGAUGGACAUUGAGAUGCUCGAAGCCGCGGAAAUCAUUGAACAUAAUUGGUUAGGUUUCUGGAGUACCGUGAUCGCACUCCACAAGCCGCUGACUGCCUACCCUCUCUUUUUCAGUGAGUCUGCCCGAGUCUUCGGCGUCGACUUCCGCUCCGUCCGAACGAGGGGGAGUCAGUUCAAGGUCGAAGCUGUCAUGUUCAAGCUGGCCAAGCCCGAGUCAUUUGUGCUGCUCUCACCAAAUCGAGUCCAGGUGCGUGCUUCUGCAGAGCGAUUUGAAAUGCUCAAGAUUGGGCUCACUCUAAGUCUUGCGAGGACGGUACCAGGUUGGGCAUCAAAACGCUGCGGAAUGCGGUCCUUUGAUCAUGGAGCCUCAGUCGGCAUUCUACAAAGGUCCGCUGGUUGUGCUCGACUUCCAAUCGCUUUAUCCGUCGGUGAUGAUCGCGUACAACUAUUGCUACUCGUGAGUCCGUCGGUGAUGAUCGUGUACAACUAUUGCUAUUCGUGAGCAACAAGGUGCCAGCUCGAGUCCCAGGCACUCACCAUAUUCGACGCUGCCUCGUUUCAUAGAACUUGUCUGGGGCGGAUUGAGCGGUUCAAGUCGGCGAACAAGUUCGGGACGACUACGAUUGACCCUCCCCCCGGUUUGUUGGAGCUGAUGAAAGAGCACAUCACGAGUGAGUGGCUCAUUGAUUAUCUACAUUGAAGUAGGCGGCUUACUGUAUCUUGUCAACCCAGUCUCGCCAAACGGAAUGAUGUUUGUCAAGCGCGAGGUGCGACGGUCACUACUCGCGAAAAUGCUGAGCGAGCUCCUGGAUACGCGUGUGAUGGUCAAGUCGAGUAUGAAGCGCGUGCAGGACGACAGGGUGAGUGUCUCCCAUCUCGAUCGAUCAACCAAAUGUUGACCAGCCUCGCCCAUUCCAACUCAGGCCUUGACGAAACUCCUGAACGCUCGACAGUUGGCACUCAAGUUCCUCGCCAACGUCACCUACGGAUACACGAGCGCGACAUUCUCCGGCCGGAUGCCCUGCGUGGAGAUUGCGGAUGCGAUCGUCCAAACUGGUCGAGAAACGUUGGAGAAAGCGAUUGUCACCGUCAAGUCCCGGGUGGAGUGGGGGGCCGAAGUCGUGUACGGCGACACCGACUCGCUCUUUAUUUACUUACCUGGCAAAAGUAAAGACGAUGCUUUUAGAAUCGGCCAUGAGAUGGCGGAUACGAUCACCUCGAUGAAUCCUAGACCGAUCAAGCUCAAGUUCGAAAAGGUGUGGGCUACUAUAAUUUGGUGGGGCUCAAUUCGAGACACUGACCCCUCAUGCACGACACCAGGUCUACCUGCCGUGUGUUCUGCUCGCCAAGAAACGUUACGUAGGCUUCAAAUACGAGUAUCCUGCGCAGCUCGAACCCGACUUUGACGCCAAGGGUAUCGAGACGGUGCGACGGGAUGGUAUCGCCGCGACUCAAAAAAUGCAAGAAGCCUGCAUGAAGUGAGUAGCUGCGCAAUCGAGCUUGAACUGUGCGAAUCGAAAAAUCUGAUGCCCGCCACGUCGGUUUCUUACCAGAAUACUCUUUCGUUCCCAAGACUUGUCGGUCAUCAAGGCUUACCUUCAACGACAGUGGGAGAAGUUGCUUCUUGGAGAUGUUUCGCCCCAGGACUUCGUCUACGCCAAAGCGGUUAAGUUGGGGAACUAUGCGUGAGUCUGACGUACCGUUCCUCCCUCCGACGUUAUAUUCUACUGACCUAGACUCUUGGAGAGUAGUGAGGGACGUGUACCUCCUCCCGGGGCGAUGGUCGCCCAACGAGCUAUGAAGAGGGAUCCACGAGCUGAGCCUGAGUACGGUGAACGAGUGCCUUACAUCCUCUUCCAAUCGGUGCCUGGAGAGAAGCAAAUUGAUCACGCCGCCUCUCCCGAAGAGUUUCUCAGUGAUCCGUGAGUGGUCGAGCCAAGCUGCUGCGCUCUCACUGGAUCGUUUCAACUGAUUUUACAUCACUCUCGAUUGCAGCCGCCUUCGUCUCGAUGCCAAACACUACAUCGAGCGCGCGAUCAUCCCUCCUCUAGCGCGCAUCUUCAACCUCAUCGGCGUGGACAUCACACAAUGGUUCAAGCAGAUGCCACGCUCCUUGACGGUCGUGCAUGCUCGAUCGACUCAACCUGGUGCUCGUAAGGCUUUACUCGAGGAGUAUCUCAAGAGUGAACGGUGUCGAGCUUGUGGGGCAUCGGGUGGAGUCGAAGAGGGUGAGCUUUCGGUCUCGAGAAUACGAUGUCCCCGCUGGUGACCAGUUUGCUAAAACCCGAUGAUCUUCAAUAGGAGGCUUGUGUCCCACCUGCCUGACCAAACCCGGUGAAGUCGUCUACCAAUUACAUACGCGCAUGCGCACAAUUCACUCCAAACAAAUGGCCUUGCGCAAGAUCUGCGCCAGUUGUUCUUCGGCGGUGACGACUGAGGAGAUCGAAUGCGAUUCGACGGAUUGUCCUUUGUUGUGGGACAGGAAGGCGACGGAGAAGGAGGCGAUUCGAAUUGACGAGGUGUUUCGAUUGUUGACGUAG